CGCCCAGUCACGUGAGCCGGUUCCAAGAUGGCGGCAGGGGUGGCCGGGUGGGGGGUUGAGGCGGACGAGUUCGAGGAUGCCCCUGAUGUGGAGCCGCUGGAGCCCACGCUAAGCAACAUCAUCGAGCAGCGCAGCCUUAAAUGGAUCUUUGUCGGGGGCAAGGGUGGCGUGGGCAAGACCACCUGCAGCUGCAGCCUGGCGGUCCAGCUCUCCAAGGGGCGGGAGAGCGUUCUGAUCAUCUCCACAGACCCAGCCCACAACAUCUCAGACGCUUUUGACCAGAAGUUCUCCAAGGUGCCUACCAAGGUCAAAGGUUAUGACAACCUCUUCGCCAUGGAGAUCGACCCCAGCCUGGGCGUGGCGGAGCUGCCCGACGAGUUCUUCGAGGAGGACAACGUGCUGAGCAUGGGCAAGAAAAUGAUGCAGGAGGCCAUGAGCGCCUUCCCGGGCAUCGACGAGGCCAUGAGCUACGCCGAGGUCAUGAGGCUGGUGAAGGGCAUGAACUUCUCGGUGGUGGUGUUUGACACGGCGCCCACGGGCCACACGCUGAGACUGCUCAACUUUCCCACCAUCGUCGAGCGGGGCCUGGGUCGCCUCAUGCAGAUCAAGAACCAGAUCAGCCCCUUCAUCUCACAGAUGUGCAACAUGCUGGGCCUCGGGGACAUGAACGCCGACCAGCUGGCCUCCAAGCUGGAGGAGACCCUGCCCGUCAUCCGCUCCGUCAGCGAGCAGUUCAAGGACCCUGAGCAGACGACCUUCAUCUGCGUGUGCAUCGCCGAGUUCCUGUCCCUGUACGAGACAGAGAGGCUGAUCCAGGAGCUAGCCAAGUGCAAGAUUGACACGCACAACAUCAUCGUCAACCAGCUCGUCUUCCCCGACACUGAGAAGCCCUGCAAGAUGUGUGAGGCCCGCCACAAGAUCCAGGCCAAGUACCUGGACCAGAUGGAGGACCUUUAUGAAGACUUCCACAUCGUGAAGCUGCCGCUGCUGCCGCACGAGGUGCGGGGGGCAGACAAGGUGAACACCUUCUCUGCCCUCCUCCUGGAGCCCUACAAGCCCCCCAGCGCCCAGUAGCACGGCCUGCUGCAGCUGCUCCUCUUUCACACCCACCCGCCAUUUCUCCCCCCUCCCCCUGGCCCAGGGCAGAGUUUGCACAAAGUUCCCCUCAGUGGCUCCCCUCAGGUGCAGGGGGAGCCACUGAGGGGGUGGGAGGUGAGGAGGGGCUCUCUUCCCCCUGGUGGGGCUGGUGGGCUGCAGCUGCCCCCCCCUCACCUCCCGAUCCUCAAUAAAAUGAUCUUUAAAAA